GUAUACAUCGCUGUGGUUUCCCCGGAACAGUGGUCACAUUUCUCGGCUAUUAGCGUCUUUCUUGGUCGUGGGAGAUGGGCCUUUGUUCAGUAUACAUCAGAGAAGGAGAAGCUGGUUGACAGGCUCCAAACUCUCAUCUGGGAGGUCAUGGUAGACGUUCCCCAUCUGAACACGAUAGUGACACGCGACAUGAGAGAGCGGAUGGAACCGUGGCAGAUUGCGGCGCUCUCACCGUCUCAUCAGAAGCGCCUUGUAUGGGAUUCAGCACCACUAUCCAUGAACUACAUCGUGCAGGUCGUACACGUUCAUGACAACGCAUCGCCAAAUACAAUUCAAUCGGAUAACAUCAUGGAUGUGAUUGAAGUCUUCACGAAACGUCUACGAAAUAUAUCGAAUUUUCUCGAAACAGAUGUACAGGGCAGAUCAACUCUCCCACAGCAGGGAGUCGAACGCCUACUGAAGGAGGGCGAGGAUAGUCGUGGAGCUGCGGUGGCAUCAUGGGGAGCAGUUAUCCCGCGACUCGGAGUGGGUGAAACACAGGAAACAGCACAUACAGCUGGUCGUGUGCUGGGUGCUCUGCGGAUACUGAUUGGAGUGGACAGCGAUCUGCCAUCUACCUGGAAACGAGCUCCAAUUCCGUUAGCCGUUUGGGAGGUUGAUCGGAUACGACUCAGAGCAGUUCUUGACAACGCGAUGCGUGCCAUGUCAGCUGUAAGCGCGCUGAAGGCAUUGACAGAGAAGAUUACGAAUGUUGUGAUUGGCGACGACGUUGCAGCUCGGGCAAAUCAAGCCGUUAGUCUUGUUAGAGAAGGGCUAAUGGAUUCGAAAGCGCCUCAGCUGGACAAGGUAAUGGCUACAAUAGAGUGUCGACUUAUCAAAGAUUUGUGA